UACCCUCCAUUACUUCUUUCAUCUUAAUAAUUUGUCAUUUUUCUUUAACAUAAAGCAAACAUGACCAAGGUCACUGCCCUGUUCUUUACCCUAUUCCUCUGCUACAUGCUCACCCAUGCCAUACGCCCUGAACCAGCUUUUCACCACCAGUCUUUGCCAAACGCACACCGCCAGAGUGUUGAGGUGGUUGAUGAGAGCUGUGAAGACGUUGGAGAGGAUGAAUGUUUGAUGAAGAGAACACUUGCUGCUCACGUUGACUAUAUUUAUACGCAAAAGCAUAAACCUUGAAAAAUAUAAUAAAAUUACACUCCCAGUACUAUAGUAUCCACAAUUCCACGUCUACAAAAUUGGAGCAAGAGUUCAUGUUUGUUUUCAUAGACAUUAAUUAGGUGUUGGAAACUAGCUCAUUUGGAUUUGAGAAGUACUGUUUUCUCUUUUGCUUGUAUGUAUAUUAUGUGAUACUGAAAUUAAUUUUCAUGGAAAUAUAUAUAUUUGCAUUGUUGAUGGAGUCCAAGUGAUCAGUUAUCUUUAUUAGGAUGAGUUAUGACAAUCCAUCUCUUCCUUUGUAUUUUGGUUCACAACUUGAAGUUCCGAACA